GUGAAGGCGGUUCCGGAGUCACUCGGGCUUGUCUGGUCUCACAGUCUCAAUCCUCGUCUCCUGCCGGAGCAAUAGGCACAGGGAUCUCUUCACCAGAAGGACUUAUCCUGCUACACCAAGCCCCAGCAAGUUUGUGGAGGGACAAGGGUCGCUGGACAUGUUGCCGGAGUCUUUCUGGAUUCCUGCUAUCCUUUGUAUCUGUCAAGUCGAUGGGACAUAUGGAUUCUACAGACAACACAACAACAUCUUUGAAAAUAUGGAUUGGUCAUACACUGGUCAGUUAAAUCAGAAGAACUGGGUGAAGAAAUAUCCAAUUUGCUCUGGUCCUAAACAAUCCCCCAUCAAUAUAGAUGAUGGUUUUACUCAAGUCAACAUGAAUUUUCGAAAAUUGCUGUUUGAGGGCUGGGACCGUGAAUCCAGUGGAAAUACAGUCAUUCACAACAAUGGGAAAACAGUGGAAAUGAAUUUGACAGAUGAAUAUUACAUAAGUGGUGGUGGUAUGAAGUCCAGAUACAAAGCAGGCAAGAUAAUGUUCCACUGGGGCAAGUGUAAUGCAACAGAAGGAUCAGAACAUACCAUAGACGGACAAAAAUUUCCAUUGGAGAUGCAGAUCUUCUGCUUUGAGUCAAAUCUUUUUAAAAGUUUUGAGGAGGCGUUGCAAGGACAAGGCAGUCUCAAAGCUCUCUCGGUCUUAUUUGAGAUUGGUCCAGAAGAUAAUACGGAUUAUGAAAGUGUCAUACGUGGUGUGGAAGCAGUUAGCCGAUAUGGAAAACAGGCAAUGGUGGAACCAUUCAUUUUACUGAACCUUCUUCCAAACUCCACGGAUAAAUAUUAUAGUUAUAAUGGCUCCCUUACUACACCUCCCUGUACAGAAACUGUCCAAUGGAUUGUGUUUAAAGAAACUGUUCCCAUUUCUGAAAUUCAGCUGGAGGUAUUCUGUGAGGUGCUGACCAUGCAACAGUCUGGCUAUGUUAUGUUGAUCGAUUACCUUCAGAACAACUACAGGGAGCAGCAGUACCAAUUCGUUGGGCAAGUUUUCUCCUCCUACUCAGGCAUAGAAGAGGUUCAUGAGCCAGUUUGCAGUUCAGAACCUGAAAGUCUCCAAGCCGACCCAAGGAAUAACACCUCUUUGCUUGUUCUCUGGCAAAGACCAAGAAUGGUUUAUAGUGCUGUCCUUGAGAGAUAUGCAGUGUUCCAUCAGCAGUUGGAUGGAGAAGACCAGACCAGACACCAGUUCCUGACAGAUGGGGAUCAGGACAUGGGAGCCAUUCUCAACAAUUUGUUGCCGAACACAAGUUAUGUUGUUCAAGUGGUUGCCAUAUGCUCAGAUGGUUUGUAUGGGAAGUACAGUGACCGACUGAUUGUGGACAUGCCGAUGGAAUUUGAAGACCCAGAUUUUGGUGCCUUUUUCAAUUUUAAUGACACAUUUGAUGACCCAAAGCCAACAGAAAUUAAUCCAGUGCAAUCAGAGCCAAUUUUACUUGAAACUCACACGGCUCCCGUAUUUAAUCACCAGUGGGAAGAGAAGAGUGUGGAAGCUGAAAAUGAAAAAUCCAUAUCCAUCAAUGACAAAGAACAGAAUGCAAAUGCUGUUCCUAAUGAAAAGUAUUUUGCCAAGGGAAAUGAGGAAAUCACCACAAAGGUUACCAUUCCCGAUAUUAUUUAUCCCCCCUCCAUGACUGUGGUUGAAACAAUAUCCAAGGAUACUGCACUGCCCUAUGAAAUCAUGAUCUCUUCCAUAGCAGAGGACUCGGAUGAUUCUUCAGCCGUAGGACCCCUGGAUUUGAAUGAAAUUUUCACCACCACCCACCAAGCAAGAAUUCCAAUUACACCCAAAGAAACCCCACACUUCAGUACUGCAACAGAACCUGACAAUAUAUUCAGUGUACCCAGCUUUGGCAUGAGGAAUAUUCCUCAGGCAAUUACACCUGAAGAUGGUCUCAUGAGUAAUUCAACUCCCAAUUUGUUGUCUGAAACAACGAUUGUCAUACCUCGUAUGGAUUCUGGAAAAGAGCAAAUGAUGUCAGCCAAUGAAAGAAUUAAUUCCCAAGAGCUCAGUGUGGUUCCUGAUUCUGUCGCUUCUGCAGCAACAGUUUACCCAAAUAUGGUAACCCCUCCCACCAGGAAUGUACUUGCGUCGCAUGAGUUGUUUUCUGAAACCCUUCUUCCUCCUGACCAAGAAACAUACCUACACAGUACUCCAGAUUCCAUUGACAGAUUAAAUACCUUACCUAAAGAGAAGGAAAUCCCAGCUACCUCUCCUUACUCUACUGAUUCAGAUGCGGACAGAAAUCACGACAUGGCAACAGCACUGACGCCAAAAGCAUCCACUGGAAAGCACAAAAGACCAACAAUAGUAGCAAGACAUAAUUGGACCACGGCAGUAACUACGAAACAGUCCCCAUCAUACUCUAGGACUAGUACCUUCCUGACCACUGAAGAGGAGAGUGGUUCUGGCCAGAGUACAUCUGAUAGUCUAACUGUUAAUGAAACUUCAGUGGUGUUAAGUUCCCUCGAGCAUAAUUAUAGAGCGUUAGACAGUACAACAGGCACAGGUAAAGCAGCAGAACCAAGGACACCACUGCCUUCAGCUCCAUCUGUAACUAGUGGGCUUGAAACUACUUUAUUCGACAUUUAUGAGGCAGAGGCCAGUAACAGCAGCCAUGAGUCCCGUAUAGGUUUGGCAGUUGGGUUAGAGACAGAAAAAAAGGCAAUUAUCCCUCUUGUGGUGGUAUCAGCUCUCACCUUCCUAUGUUUGAUGCUGCUGGUAGCUAUCCUUAUAUACUGGAGGAAAUGCUUUCAGACCGCACAUUUUUACUUGGAAGAUAAUGCAUCACCCAGAGUGGUUUCCAUUUCACAAUCUCCAGCUCUACCUAUUUCAGAUGAAAUGGGAGCAAUUCCAAUCAGGCAAUUUCCAAAACACGUUGCAGAACUCCAUGCAAAUAAUGGAUUUGCUGAAGAAUUUGAGAAACUGAAAGCAUUUUACGAGGAGGUCCAGGGAUGCACUGUUGAUUUAGGCAUCACAUCAGACAGCUCCAAUCACCCAGACAACAAAAAUAAAAACCGCUAUAUAAAUAUAGUUGCUUUUGACCAUAGCAGGGUUAAACUAGCCCCACUUGUGGAAAAAGACUCUAAGCACAGUGAUUACAUCAAUGCAAAUUACGUCGAUAGCUAUGACAGACAGAAAGCCUAUAUAGCAGCUCAAGGGCCACUUAGAUCGACAGCUGGAGAUUUCUGGCGGAUGAUAUGGGAACACAAUGUGGGAGUUAUUGUUAUGAUCACCAACCUGGUGGAAAAGGGAAGGAGGAAAUGUGAUCAGUACUGGCCAUCAGAAAACAGUGAAGAAUAUGGAAACAUUCUUGUCUCACUGAAGAGCUCGAAAGUAUUGUCCUAUUACACUGUUAGGCAGUUUUCUAUUCGGAACACAAAGUUUAAGAAGGGAUCCCAGAAAGGAAGGCAGAAUGAUCAUACAGUGACCCAAUAUCAUUAUACUCAAUGGCCUGACAUGGGUGUUCCUGAGUAUGCUCUUCCUGUCUUAACAUUUAUACGACAUUCAGCGGCUGCUAAGACCAAUCUUAUGGGACCUGUAGUAGUUCAUUGCAGUGCUGGUGUUGGAAGAACAGGCACAUACAUUGUAAUAGACAGCAUGCUGCAACAAAUCAAGCACAAAGGCACUGUUAAUGUGCUGGGAUUUCUCAAACACAUCAGAACACAGAGGAACUAUUUAGUACAAACAGAGGAGCAGUACAUCUUCAUUCAUGAUGUCCUGGUGGAGGCCAUCUUUAAUAAGGAUACAGAAGUCCCUGCCAAUCAUUUAUAUGCCUAUGUCAAUGCUCUCCUGACACCGGGGGCCUCCGGGAAAACUAAUCUAGAGAAGCAAUUCAAGUUGGUAAGCCAGCCUCAUGCUAAGCAGUGUGAUUACUCUGCAGCACUGAAGCAAUGCAACAGAGACAAGAACAGAAAUUCCUCUAUCAUUCCCGUGGAGAGAUCAAGAGUUGGACUGUCAACCUCAGCUGCAGAGGGCUCUGAUUACAUCAACGCUUCUUACAUUUCGGGAUUUCAUCAAAGUAAUGAAUUCAUUAUAACUCAACACCCACUGCCACAUACCACAAAGGACUUUUGGAAAAUGAUAUGGGACUACAAUUCUCAAAUUAUUGUCAUGCUGUCAGAUAACCAAGUGCUGACUGAGAAUGAAUCUGUGUACUGGCCGAGGAAGGAGGAACCAAUGAAUUGUGAAGCGUUUACAGUAAGCCUGAUCAACCAGAGCCAUCUUUGUCUUUCCAAUGAGGAGCAGCUCAUCAUCCAGGACUUCAUUCUUGAAGCAACACAGGAUGACUAUGUGCUUGAAGUGAGGCACUAUCAGUCCCCAAAAUGGCCAAAUCCAGAUGGGCCGAUAAGCAAAACCUUCGAGCUCCUCAAUAUAAUACGAGAAGAAGCUUCUACCAGGGAUGGGCCAACUAUUGUCCAUGACGAACAUGGAGGAAACACAGCUGGUACUUUCUGUGCUUUAACUAAUCUAAUGCACCAACUGGAAAGUGAAAACUCAGUGGACGUUUAUCAAGUGGCUAAAAUGAUUAAUUUAAUGAGGCCCGGUGUCUUCACCGAUGUUGAUCAGUACCAGUUUUUGUAUAAAGCUGUCCUCAGCCUGUUCAGUACAAGAGAAGAUGAAAACCCUGCAACUGUAUUGGAAACCAAUGGCAUGGCCAUGUCUGCCAAUGACUGUAAUGUAGCAGAAAGCAUGGAGUCUCUGGUGUAACAGUGCAAGAGAUAUCAUCACCAACAGAGGCAAAACAAAAUCCUAUUUAAGAUCCUGUUAACUAUAUAGGUAUCCAUUGUGAAAUCCUGGUAUUCACUUUGUGUCACCAAUGAACACUAACUGGUGGGUGACUUUUUAUAUAAAAGAAAAAUUGUUAGCAGAAAUCGUUUGUGCAGUGUGUGAAUAUUUCAUUUGCAUCACGCUGGCCUGACUGAUAUUCGCUGUAGUUGCAUUUUCAGCAUGUUCAGUGUCAAGUUCCAUGGUCUGCUU